AUGCCUCACAGUCUAGUUCCUCCCACACGAUUAUCAUCUGGCGUUGAUAGUGAUAUUGUCUCCAAACCAAACCUCCCUCAUUAUUCGCUUUUCACUCCUAUCGACAUUCAUCUCGCGAUGCUACAAACUUCGCCCCAUGAUGGUCAAUUCUUGGACCUCAAGGACACCUCUCUAUUCCAUCAAGCAUCAUAUGUCCAUGGGGAAUGGGUUCAAGCAGCCUCGAGCAAAACGUUUGAAGUCACAGACCCUGGGACAGGUCGAGCCUGGGCUACUUGCCGAAACAACGGCCCUGCAGAUGUCGAUAAGGCCAUUCGAUCAUCGCAGAAAGGCUUCCUUGAGCACUCAGCUUUGACUGCUCGUAAGAGGGCGCAGCUACUUAUGGAGUGGCACCGUCUGGUAACAGAGGCUCGCGACGACCUUGCUAAACUUCUCACAUACGAGACUGGAAAGCCCUUAUCUGAAGCUUACGGAGAAGUUGAUUACUCCCUGGGGUUCUUAUGGUGGUUUGCAGGCGAGGCCGAACGUAUUACUGGUUCUAUUGGCUCGUCAGCUAUCCAGAACCGAAGGGUUCUUGUUAUUAAGCAACCUAUCGGUGUGGCUGUUGCUCUUGUCCCUUGGAACUUCCCUGUCGCUAUGAUCCUUAGGAAAGCUGGAGCAGCCCUCGCCGCAGGCUGUUCAAUGAUAGUCAAGCCCUCCCCUGAAACCCCCUUGUCCUGCCUGGCCCUUGCAGACCUAGCAACCCGUGCUGGUUUUGGUCCUGGAGUCUUCAACAUCUUGACAACUUCCUUGGAUAAUACCCCGGUACUUGCUGAGGCCAUGUGUACCCAUGAGUAUGUGCAAAAAGUAACCUUUACCGGCAGCACAAGGGUUGGCAAGAUUGUAGCUGGAAUCUGUGCAAGAAACCUCAAGAAAUGCACGAUGGAACUUGGUGGAAAUUGCCCGUUUAGUGUCUUUGAUGAUGCAGACGUUGAGCAGGCUGUGACCCAGCUUAUGGCUCUGAAAUGGCGGAAUGCAGGUCAAGCCUGUAUUACUGCCAAUCGAGUCUACGUCCAAGCUGGGGUUUACGACAAAUUCGCCGAGAUAUUCACUGCCAAGUCACGCGAGCUUAAAGUCGGUCACGGAAUUGAUCCUGCAACAACCUUUGGUGCUGUAACUACGCCUGCAGGGUUAGAGAAGGCCGAAUCCCAAGUGCAAGAUGCUUUGCAGCAUGGUGCCCAGUUGACAACAGGAUCUGGAAAGCCAUUCAAUGGCCAGUUCAUGAACCCUGUUGUCCUUACGGGCAUGACCCAAGAUAUGAAGAUGAGCCACGAGGAGACCUUUGGUCCUGUUUGCGGUCUCUUCAAAUUUUACACCGAGGAGGAAGCACUCAGCUGGGCCAACAAUACUAGUCUGGGUCUUGCAAGCUAUGCUUUCACCAAAAAUGUGGAUAGACUCUGGAGGCUCUUUGAAAAAUUGAAAGCUGGAAUGAUUGGUCUGAGCCCUUUUGGUGGUAUCAAGCAAUCUGGCUAUGGUAAAGAGAGCGAGAAAGACGUUGCUAUUUCUGAGUAUCUGAUUGAGAAGACUGGGACUUUAACGGUCAAGCAAGGACUCAUAUUAUAA